GUCCCGGCCCCGAGCCUAACUAGCCCUAAGACGGCAUUGCAAUGACGGAGCGGAACAGUGUUAUGUCGGAGCUGAAAAAAUAAUAGCCAUCCAGCCCAACUAGUACUACUGCGCCUGCCACUCUUGCUGUGGAUCACGUUGUCGUCGAACUCGAAGCUGCCGGACAAACAAAUCGCGUUUAGACUGUUACAAAAUUAAUGCCGACAAGCGCAACUACUGAACUAGUCCAAUAUUUUAGCAAUCAUCCCAUGCCACAGCUACAGACCCGUUUGGCGGUGUCUCUGCUGGAAGUACUGUUUCGAUUUCGUUGAUCUUGCAAGCGAACACUCGCACUCGUAGAUCUACACCGUUGUACUUCGUAUCACUGUCAGUGAUUCAGUCCUCCCUGCACCAUGUCUGCCAAGACGAUGGCCACGUCUGGCCAGUGGACCAUUCCGUCGGACGUUGGCCAGAGGCUGCAGCGUGGCGGUAUAGAGGAGCCACGAGCCAUGCCUCGUGUCAAGCCAGAAGCGCAGAGCUACGCCAAAGCGAGCGUGGAUGGCUCGAUCGCGCUCGUCUUUCAGCAGUUUCCGCAAGCACCCAAGCGGCCUCUUUCGGAGCGGCGUGGAGAACCGAAGGAUUUUGAGCGUAUCAACGCCGAGAAGCUGAAGAAACUCCAGCGGGAGAAGAAGCAAGAAGGAACAGGUCGGAGGACUGCGCCUCUGAAAGCUGUUCAUCCAGCCCCGGAUGUGCUAGAUGGUGAACCUGCCCCACGUGCUCAAGUCCGUCACAGGACGGAUGGUGAGCGUCGGUCACGUACACACGCAGGGAGGCAUGAAGAACGGCCACACUCAUGCGCUACCUGUGGCCAGGCAGUGCCACGUGAAUACCGUCGACCACCCACAGCAGUUCCGCAGUUGGAAAUCGCUGGUAGCGAUGAUCGUGGACGGCAUCAUGUAGCCAGACGCGAGGCCAGUAUUCCUAAGGACGGCCGCAGUAGGCCUGCAGCAGCCAGAGUCAGGUCCUCUUCGGUGGAGCGCAGACCAGCCACUAGCAUCGAUGGGGGUGGAGGUCGGGGUGGGGCCGCUGCUGCACGGGGAGAUGGCAGGCAGCCACGACCGGCGACGGCUGGCGAUGCCAAAUGGCGUCAGGGGUCGUCGGAGAGCUACAAGGAACCGCAAGCUCCGAGACGAAGGCCAAGCACGGGUGGCCGAAGGUCGAGCAGUCGCGAUUUCGUCGCGGAGAACGUCCAGCGGAUGGCCGAUCAACCUCGCAUGCAACGAUCCGGCUCAGUGGGACAAUUGAACGUGACCGGAACAAGCAAGAAGCCGACAGAAACCUUCCAUAGAAAAGGAGAGGUCCCUGAUUAUCUCCGUCGUCAGCAGAAGAAGUGGCAACGAGAAGAACAGGAGAGGAUCGCACGGCGGCCUGACCCAAACUGUCCACAAGGCCAUGUUGUCAUGCCGGAGAAGGAACGCCAAGAGACCUUGCUCAAGCUCGAGAACAGUCAUGACAAGCUCUCUUUGGAGCUCCAGGCCAUGCCGGUUAGAAACGACACGCUGCGCAUCAAGAACCGCAAGACGGAGCUCGAGCGGUCACUGGAGGAGCUCGAGCAGGCGCUCCGCAUAUUCUCUCGGCCAAAGGUCUAUGUCAGAAAGGACACGACAUCAUGAUUAGCCUGAUCCAAUGGCAUCAUGAUUAUCCUGAUUCAAUGACAUCGUUAUUAGCCUGAUCCAAUGAUGAUAUCGUGAUUUGCCUGAUGCAAUGACGACAUCGUGAUUUGCCUGAUGCAAUGACGACAUCGUGAUUUGCCUGAUGCAAUGACGACAUCAUGAUUAGCCUGAUCCAAUGGUCAAAUGGAGUACAUUUAUCUAGAUAUCAUACCCAAUCUAAGUUGCUACAACUAUAUCUCAAGUAUUAGCUUGUGGACACAGACAUAGUCAUCAACUGGCAUAGCAGGAGACCAUCUGGUAGAUCAGAAUCGUAGAAUUUGAGCACAUUAUCAUCAGUCGUUAACUGUUCGUUAACUGUUCCCUUUGAAGUUCUAAAUUCAAAGUCUGAUGGUCUUGAUUUGAGGUCUAACUUUUGCCUAUGGACUACGUAUGUGUAUGUGUAUUGCCCAUGUGUUGUUGCUGGCUUCUUGACUAACACGGACGCUCAGCGGUGCUCUUUACCAUUAUUGUAGUGCUAUUGUAGUGCUAUUGUACCAAUCACGUUUAACGUACACAGUCGCUGUGCUAGUUGUUUGUCUUGGCACUGGUGCUAUUCAGCAUGAGAGAGAGAGGUUGGCGUUUAUUUUAUUAUCACUGUGUUUGUCCUCGGUGGUGAUUCCCAAUCACCGAAACUAUGGAAGAGGAUCUGACAUGACAACUUAUAGACGAAUUUCACAGAAUUCA